GGUGCCUUCUCAAACUUUGCGACAUGGUUGCUGGAGAGAGCGCCGAGUCCAGCGAUGCCGAGACGGGGAUGGCCAGCUCUCCCCGCCGGCUGGCUCUGCGGGCCGAGCCGGCUUGGUGCAAGACUCCCAGCGGGCACAUCAAGCGGCCGAUGAACGCGUUCAUGGUGUGGUCCCAGAUCGAGAGGAGGAAGAUCAUGGAGCAGUCUCCUGACAUGCACAACGCGGAGAUCUCCAAGCGCCUGGGCAAACGCUGGAAAGCCCUGGAGGACAGCGAGAAGAUCCCCUUCAUCCGAGAAGCGGAGAGACUCAGGCUCAAACACAUGGCCGAUUACCCGGACUACAAGUAUCGACCCAGGAAGAAGGGCAAGGGCGGGGCCAUCGCCAAGAUGCUCAGCAAGAAGGUGGCAUCGGUGAGGAACGGUUUAACGGGCAAGAAGCAGCGAGCCAGGGGAACCAAGGCGGCUUGGAAGACCAAGCGAAGCAGCACCGUCCGGCCGCCGGGACAGGAGGCGGAGGCGGAGGAGGUGGACCCUGUGGGGAGGUUGAUGGAGAUCCGCCUCGCCCACCAGGGUCACCCCAGGAAACCUCGGCCGCCCUGGGAGGGGGUCUUGAGUGAAGAUCCCAACUACUGCCUUGCAACGGAGCUGCCCGCCGGUGACCCCGAGACCCCGGCUUCAGAAGGACGAGACGGGAGAGCGUGCGAGCGUCCCAGGGAAGCCCGGUCCCCCUCGCCCACCUCCAGCCGGUCGGGCUCCUGCUCCCUCGCCUCGUCGUCCUCGUCGGACGAGGAGCUGGAGGAGGAGAUCCUGAACAUCAUCACCAGCGCAAACUUUGAGAACCUGCCCCUCGAUACACUGGACUCUCUGUCACUGGACAGGGAUGUGGAAGGGUCGCUCACGAACUCAGCGUCUCACUUCGAAUUCCCGGACUACUGCACUCCUGAAGUUAACGAGAUGAUUUCAGGAGACUGGCUGGCCUCCAGCGUUUCUGAUCUGGUAUUUACCUACUAAAUAUCGCUACAGAGAUUUUGUUUUUAACA